AUGGCAACAGAAAUUGAUAUCAUAUCAUCAAAUAUACAGAUUCCAGUUGAUAGUAAAAAACGACGAUUAUGUAUGAUAAUCAAAAUUACUCUGCCCUUAUUAAUUAUUGCAGUAAUUGUGAUUCCAACAACGAUUAUUUUAACACGAAAAACAGAUACAACAACUGAGACUAUGAUGAAUAUGACUGUAUCAUUUAUAACAACAACGUCAGUAUCUUUGAGAACCUUAUCAUCAACUACAACAGUAACGACAUCAAUUACAAAACCAUUUGUAUUACAAACAUUUCAACGAACAAACGAAACCGUCUUUGCUAUAUGGAACACAAUUGCACGUGGCGAUAGUUCACCAUCUUCACCUAACAAGACAAUAAUAGGUGCAUAUUAUCCUGGUGAACCACCUGAAGCUGCAUUAGAUGGUAAUUUAAGUUCAGAAUAUACCAACCAUGGAGUUUGUCUAACAACUGGUUCACCAGAAAACGAAUGCGGAAUACAAACUGGUUUUUAUAUAACAUUCAACAGUGAACCGUUCAUUCUCGUGAAGUUUCGUAUAGCUACAAACAAAUAUUCUGCAUAUCGAGAUCCAUACAAUAUUACAAUUGAAGGUAGCAACAAUAAUGAAUCGGAUUUAAUUUUUGGAAAAAGUUGGACUUUGAUUUAUAAUGGUGAUGCAGGUCUCGCAAAAGAUCCAGAAAGACAAAAGUAUGGUAAUGAACAAACAAUACCCAAUGAUCCAUUGCCGUUUGCAAGCUAUCGUAUUCUCACCACUUCAAAAAGAGGAAAAGAGACUUGUGUCUCUUACUCAGAAUUUGAGAUGAGAGGACGAUUUCCUGAUUGA